CUCAUUAGAGUAUAUAUGUUUUGGAUCGAAACGUUUCUCGACGCAUGCGUAGCUGUAUAUAUACGCCGGUUAGAAGCCAUAUUACGUCAGUAUCUGUCAGUAUCUUGUCAGCUGUUGUCAGUCGGAUUGUAUUGUGAAUGUUAUAACGUGAUAUAUAUAACAAUAAGUAUAUAUACGCAGUUGUAUUGUGAUCAGUGUCAGAGCGAGAAAAUGUCUUUCAUCCCGUUGCUGUUUUCUGAAUGGGGGGAGGAUCUAGAGCAUCCUCAUAGUCUGCUGGACCAAAACUUGGGUCUGAGUCUACGCCCGGAACAUCUAUCGUCACCGGCUAGGACUAGCACCAGCCUCUAUCUGGACAUGUUACCGCGACGGAAUCCCACCUUGAAUCAGCUCAAGGCUCUGUUGGAAUUGAUGCAGCAACGUGAGAACAAUGGUCCAUCUGUUCCUCCUCCUUCCGUGAACAAGGAUGACUUCCAGGUAGUGUUAGACGUGCAACAAUUCGAGCCGCACGAAAUCGAGGUAAAGAUCGUGGAUGAUUGUCUUGUUAUCACGGCCAAGCACGAGGAUAAGCGAGACGAGCAUGGCUGGGUGUCUCGUCAGUUCGUCAGGAAAUGCAAGUUGCCAGAGGACUCUAAUAUCGAGCAGCUGACAUCCAGGCUGUCCUCUGAUGGUCUUCUGACAAUUGUUGCGCCCAGGAAACGACCAUUGAAGGAGGAAAUGGAAAGAACAAUCCAGAUCGAACGUACUGGAAAACCUUUCAUCAACGAGCAACGAGAAAAGUCAAAAAAAUCCAAGCAAAAUCCCGUAAAAGACGAAGAGAAGCAGACUGAGUGAAGAAUCAGCAUUUCAAUUAUAUAUAUUGUUUGCUAAACUAUUUUUGUAUUUCUUUAAUUAUUGAUUAGACUGCAAUCAUAUAAUAAACUGUUUUGUUUGUAAUGCAGAUUUUCAUAGCUCAAGUUGUCUACUCUACGAGUUAAAGUGUGAUAUGAAUAUAUAAUAUUAUAUUUACACCCUGAGAGCGCAUUCUCAAGUCUUAUAUUAUAUAUUAUAGGAUGCAUUUAUUUAAAAAUUAUUUAUACUAAAUUCUAACAUAGAUCCUGUGUUAUAUAUAUUUAGUAUACUAUAGCAAUAACAUUUUCUAUUCGCAGAAAAAUGGAUAUAUUAGUUUAAAUACAAUAAAACUCAUUAAUCUACGCACCACAUUAAUCUAUUGUUACACAUUUUCUAUUUCUAUAUUUUUCAUUUAGUCUAAAGUUGUCUUAUGAAAUUUUUUUCUGAUAAGUUAGGAAAAGUGACUGUUAAGAAACCAAAAAUUACAUAUGUUAUUUUAACCAAUUCAAAGUUAAGUCUUUAACAUAGAAGAUUAUAUAGUUAUAUGUAUUGUAAAAUUGAUAUGUGUAGUGGAGCUGCAUUUGUGUUUAUAAAAUAAAGAUUAUUUUUUGAAAUUAA